CACAUAUUAAAUAAUAAUAAUAUCCACAUUAUAGUUAUUUUUAAUAUAUUUAUAAUAUUACAAACAAAAGAAAAGACUUUUUUAUAUAUAAAUAAAUCGUAUAAAGAAAAAAUUUAAAAAUGGCAAGAAGAUCAGGUGCAUCAAGCAAAUCAAUGUCAAAAGUUUCAGCUCCAACUAAAACAGCUUCAGCUCCAGCUCCAGUUAAAAAAGCUGCUCCAGCUCCAGCUCCAGCUACCAAUAACGCCACUCCAGCUGCUGCUCCACAACCAGUUGUUAUUCAAGGUCCAGGUUUAUUAUCAAAUAUUGUUGGUACCAUGGCUGGUGCUGCUGCUGGUCACGUUGUCGGUCAUGCCUUAGUUGGUGGUGCUAGUUCAUUAUUCGGUUCAAAAGAUGAAGUCCCACAACAACAACAACAAUUCGAUAACACUCAACAAUAUAACCAAAAUCAACAAGCCCCAGAAUCAACAAUGUGUAACCCAUUAUACAAAUCAUUCAUGACCUGUUUAGAAAAGAAUCAAAACGACGUUGCCACUUGUCAAUGGGCUUAUGAUUCAUUCUUAGAAUGCAAAAAAAAUCCAACAACUUUCUAUUAAAUUAAAUAAAUUUUAUAUAUAUAAUAAAUUUUUUUUUUUUUAUUUUUAAAAAGACAAUUUCCGAUAGAAACCAUUUCAUAUAGAAAAUAUGCACAGACUUCACUAUUUAAAUUAAAUAUU